CUAGAAGGCACAUGGACAUCCCGGUCCAAAACAGUGCUUACCGGGCCCUCUUUUUUCGACCCGGUUGAUGAAUUAUUGAUUGAACCAUCGCUUCCAGGAAUAUCAUAUUCGUUUGACGGCAAGGGUAACUGGGAGCAAGCCAUUUACCAAGUCACUUCCAAUCCCGUCAAUCAUUCCUGUGCAACUGCGGUUUUGCUAUGGCAACAUGGUACUUACACUGUACACCAACCUGAUGACAAGACUGGUGAAACUAAAUUAACCUUAACCCCAAUUGGUGUUGAUGGUAGACAGCUUAUGAGUUCUCCUUGUAAUGACAGAGGCGUCUCAACCUAUAUGCGAUACAACCAAGUUGAAACAAUUCUGAAUUUUAUUAUCGAGUUAGAUCAUUACUACGGUGAAUUAAAACUAACCUUAUAUGAAUGGGAUGGUACAAAAAAACAACCCAUGUGGUUACAGUAUAAACCUCCCUUGAUGCUACCCACUCAGACUUUAAACCCAACUCAUGGUAAAAGGAAAAGAGGCUUGAAU